AUGCUUUUGCCAUGGUUUCCACUAAUCGCCUCGUUUCUGGGCGUCGUCUUGGGACACCUUGAGGGGAUUGUCAUCUCUGAUAGUCUCGACGCGCUCAAUGAGCAAGAUUUUGAGACCGCUGAUAAAUUGACGCGAGAGGAUUUAUUUGGGAAACACAUACCCGUCGAGGUUGUCAAUGAUUACAAAUCGGACAUCCGCUUCCCGCGCCGCCAAAAGAGAAACGGAGUGUCUCGCGCCGCGAAACUCUGGCCAGGUGCUCGUAUACCGUAUGCAAUUUCGCCGCACUAUUCGCCGCAUGAGCGAGCUCUUCUCGCAAAAGCUGUAAAACAGUAUCAUGAGAAAACAUGCAUUCGAUUUGUACCAAGGAGAUCAGGAGAACCUGAUUAUUUGUUUAUAGGAAAAGUUGAUGGUUGCUUCUCGGAAGUCGGCCGAACCUCGGGCGUUCAAGUGCUUUCACUGGACAAUGGGUGCAUGGAAUAUGCGACGAUUAUUCACGAAAUGAUGCAUGUUGUUGGGUUUUACCACGAACACGAACGAUGGGAUCGCGACAAUUUUAUCGACAUCAUUUGGCAGAACAUUGAUCGGGCCGCUCUUGACCAAUUUGGUAAAGUUGAUUUGUCGAAAACGUCCUAUUAUGGACAACCAUACGAUUAUAAAUCGAUUUUACACUAUGAUAGUUUGGCGUUCUCCAAAAAUGGAUUUCCAACAAUGUUGCCUAAGGCGAAAUCGGCAACGAUCGGAAAUGCGAGAGAUUUCAGCGAAGUCGACAUUGCAAAAAUCAACAGAAUGUAUAAUUGUCCAGUCGAGAAAAGUGUAACGGCGCCAUUCGCUCGGGCUAGACAUGUUCCAAUUUAUUCGCCACCACAUUAUAAAUAUGACGAUCGGCCGAAAAUCCCGAUUCAUUCAUACGAUGGACAUCACGAGGAGACUUUUCAGCCACCACAGCCGCCAGCAAUGGUUAUUUCAAGUAGCUCUGGUGGAAAUCCGAGAGUCAAUUUUAAUUCCAACAAACCUUCUAAAUGUGAAGAUCGUAUCACGGUGUGCUGGUGGACAGCGGAUCGAUGCCGCUCGCCAGCAAUCUACCAGGUCAUGUCGUCGCUGUGCCCCAAAACCUGCCAAUUCUGCUAA